ACAUCACAUAAACCUUUCUCUUUUCUCUCUCUCUAGUCUCUCUCCUCUGCGCCUCUGCCUCUAUUUCUUCUCGUCCUCCCAGGACCUCAAGUCCCCCCCUCCUCCUCCCCAUCCCCAGUCCCCACACCCACCCACCCGGACCCGGUGCCGCGCUCUGCAGGCGGAGGAAGACCAGCGACGGGCGGACGUGCUUCAUGAGGAGUGUGCCGUGAGACAACUCUGCGAGUCAAGAACAACUGGUGAGGCGAAGGUGAGAAUGGGAUGAUGAUUGAUUAAUCACUAAGGCCUGCCUUGCCCUUUUGUUUUGCUUGGAUUCUCUGAGUGAUGACUGCCCAUAUGAAUUGCUUCCUACUCCUCUCAUGCUUUGUUCACUGAAUUAAUAUAUGUUGCUUACAAGCGAAGAAAUCUAUUAUUAAAACAAAAAUAGAGAAGAUGCUGCGAGUUCAUUAAACCCUAUCAGUCCGUCUGUUGAUUGCGUAGUAUCGAUUGCUGCUGCUUGUGAAAUGAUUUCCUAUCCAUAAGGGAAAAAAUGAUUCAUUUAAUUCUGUUUUGAUACGGUCAAGAUCUUGUUCUGAAACUGAUAGCAUGAGUUAACUUGUCUCCAGAAUUGUGGAUGUUCAAACUAGUAGUGGUAAAUAAGUCAAACUUUACCAAGUUAGUAGAAAUUUAAAGGCGAUGCCACAUGUCUAAGUUAUUAACUCCAAAUUAAUGCAGCGAAGAAAGCCGAGAGGGGAGACCAAAUGGCAACUGAUUCCUCAGCUCUGCAGGCUUCCUCUGAGUCGAUUGCGCAAAAGAUGGGGUUCUUCAGAGUCCCUGACCUUCUUGUAAAACUGAGCGCCAAAUGUUUGAGCGAUCUGGAUGUGGUUCGCAGCCCAACAUCGCCCUUGGACCUCAAGUUUUUCACUGGCCUUGGCAACAAAUCACCCGGUGACGCCAGCCAGAACCAGAAGAUCUUGCUUGGUGACAGGGUUGGGCUUGGACUUGUGGAUUCCCUCACUGAUGACAACCCCGCACCACUAGGUGGUAGAAAGGUUCUUUUUCUUGGAUCUGAGAUGAGGAUUAUUGAUAACCUGUCUCGCAAGAACAGCUCCACCGCUCCUGAUCAAGCUGGGGAAGUUGAACAGAAGGAUGAUAAUAUGUCUGACGGACUGAUGGGCAGUGCCAUGUCCCUUGGUGACAUCAUCAACUCAGAGGAUUACACUCGUGUUGUCUCCCGUGGCCCUAAUCCUAGGACUACCCACUUUUUUGGAGAUCGUGUUUUUGAGCUUCAAGCUGAGCAGCUGAUGCCUGUUGAGAGUAAGGUCGAUCAGAGUACGUCUCCUGUGGAAGACGGUCUGAUGAGCUUCUGUUAUUUUUGCAGUGAGAAGCUCAAAGAAGCGGAAGACAUCUACAUCUAUCAGGGUGACAAAUCCUUUUGCAGCGUGGAGUGCAGGGAAAAUUUCAUGGUAGAUUAUGAGAUGGAAGAAGCAUAUCAUCCUGCGUCUCCUAGGAGCCCACCCUCUGACGGUGGUCGGAUUUUCCAACUGAUCCGUUGAGUCAGCAUCAGUAACAACUCGAUAUGGUCAUAUCUGAAGUGCUGUCUGAGGUUAAUAAGUUGCAGCCAUGGAUGUGAUCAUGUUUGCAGUAGUUGUUGCCCGGAGAUUUUGUUUGUCGCGGCACUGAUGAAUUUACCUCACCUAUUGAUUUCUUUUGUUUUGCGUACUUGGAUCCUCGAAUUUUUGGAGGAGUCCAAAAAAUGACUACCUCCGGUCAUAAUAUUAUCUUGAUCGGAGAUGAGUGUGUGUGUGUGUCCUCGCGUCUCAACUUGAGUUGUUUGCUUCGACCGCAUUUUCAGUGGCUCACUCAUAUGUGGACGCCUCUUAUUAAUAUCAUGUAUCUGAACCUAUGUUUUGAUAUUUUCUGAAAUGAAAUGGUAAAGAAUAAA